UGCCAUAGGUAAUCUACGCAUCUAACUACGCCUGAGCCGUGAUGACUAACUGGCGACUCGGAACAUCCGGCCUUCUUGGAUUCUUCUUCCGCGGUUCUUUUUGACUGUAUCCACGGAGCCACGAUGCCAUCGGAACAUUCACGAUCUCCCUCAUCCUCCUUUGAGAAAACCUCCCAAGACUAUCCCCUGGCAGUCUUUGAUCAUGAGAACGACUCAAGCAGCAGUCAGUUCGUGACGGUUGAGCGGGCCAGUUCCGACUCCGCCCGGCCCGACCAGGGCGAGACGAGCGAACCUUUGCUGCCAACCUCAACCCAUCAUCUCCAUCGCCGACCCGCGUCGGUGCCAUUCUCAUGCACAGUUUCGGGGAUCCGCGCCUGGAUCCAAGGUCCAUCCCAUCCACACCGGUACCAGAUCACCCCGUGGUUGCGCCGUUGGCAAACUGCGCCGGGCCGCCUCGUGGAGCGUUAUUUUCCGAGCGCCCGCGCCAAAGUCGGGGUACUUCUGACCUGCAUAUGCAUCUGGGGGGUCAUUUUCCUCUCCAUCCUGCAUGCCUCCGUAGCUGGUCAGGACGUCUCGGGUUAUGGGACGCCUGUCAAGCUUUCAUGUCUUGGGAGACUCUGGCCGAACUCGACUGAUUGUGGCCUCAAUGGUGAUGCCUGUCGCCCCUUUGACAAGGGGGCGUUUGCCUUUCGCUGUCCUGCGGGCUGCGCGGAUGCGAUCCUGCUGGAACCCUACUUUGUAGGUCCAGAAGAGUACAAUUAUCGUUCUCUCGUUGUCGGAGGUAGCUCAGACGGGGACAGUGAUCAUGGUAUCUACCGUGGUGACUCCGCCAUCUGUCCUGCAGCGUUACAUGCUGGCCUGAUUGACAAUCAGAAAGGCGGCUGCGGUGUCUUGUCUCGGACCGGAGAAAGGACCAACUUCUCAUCCGUGGAGCGUAACGGAAUCACCAGCAUUGGAUAUUCUUCUUAUUUUCCGCUCUCCUUCACCUUUGACGGAGAGUCUUCCGAUGCAAGCUGCCAGGACCUGCGCUGGCCACUCUUCACUUUCUCCCUCGUCGUCACCACAUUGCUCUCUCUAUUCAUAACCUCCCCCGCAGCCUUCUACGCUUCCAUCUACUUCAUCGUCUACUUCCAAGUAGCACUCUCCUCCGACCCGCCCUACUCCCCCGACUACUACGAAGUCGUCUCCACCGCACUGGGCCGCUUCCUCCCCUGCGCCUUCGUCGGCUUCGCAAUCUACUACUUCUGCGUCCGGAAAACCCUCACCAACCUCGACGCCCACUGGGACAAGACCAUCCUCUGGCUCGGUAGCUGCUGGGUCGGCGCCCUCAACACCGACACAUUCGACAAGAUCCCCAUCUCGCGCCUCACCGCCCACGACAUCCAACAACAACCCGGCGCCAUCCCCGCCCUCAUCAUCAUCAUCGCCCUCCUCGUCGCCAUCAUCCUCACCCAAGCCAUCGCCUUCCGCCGUGAAGGCCGCAUGCCCCACAUGCUCAUCCUCUACGCAAUCCUCUGCGGCGCCGUCCUCGCCCUCAUGAUCGUCCCGCACAUGAACCUCCGCAUCCACCACUACGUCCUCAGCCUCCUCUUCCUCCCCGGGACUACCCUCCAAACCCGCCCCAGCCUCCUCUACCAAGGCCUCCUCGUCGGCCUCUUCAUCAACGGUAUCGCCCGCUGGGGCUUCGAUAGCAUUCUCCAGACCUCUGCCGCUUUGCUUGACGGCGCUCAGCUCGGAAGCGUUCUCCCCAUCCUCUCUGCGCCAAGUAUCCUCUCCUCUCAAAAUAUCAUCUUCAAUUUCCCGGAGCCAGACCGCGACGCCGAUGGAAUCAGCGUGCUCGUUAAUGACGUCGAACGAUUCCGCACGUUCAAAUCGGAUGAUGGGGCGUUGGGCUCGUUUAAUUGGACUCGUCAUAUGGCGGAUGAACCGGAGUAUUUCCGCUUUGGAUAUAUUAAGGUCAAUGCGCUCGGGGGCAUCUGGUAUGAGGAUUUCACCGCCCCGGCGACUUGGGAGGUGGGUGGGGAGUGGGAGAUGCCGUCGGCUGCGUCACAUUCCGAGUAGAAGAGAAGGGGGGACAAUUUUGGAUAGUACAUAUCCGAAAUAUACGCCUUGGAUUUAUUGGCUAUAGCAUACUAUAUCAUUUUAGCGUUGGAUGAAUCCCUAAUAUGUUCUUCUCUAUCGUACAUGACACCAACAGUACCAGACAUAGGCUACUUCCA